ACAGUUGGAUGAUGGGGUGAGGAGGAGUCUGCUGCUGUGAGAGUCGGGGGCUAUAAAAGGCCUUUUCUUUGGCCACAGCCAAACACCCUGCACCACAUCAGAUCCUGCAGCCUGCUCCCGUCUGGACCUGAGGACCAAACCCAAACGAAGACAAAGCUCUUCCUGUUUAGGCAGCAUGGAUGCAAGUAGUACAUCAAACUCUCAGAUCCCCACACUGGUUUCCUCCAUCUUCUCCACUCUGUCUCUUCCGCGUAUCUCCCUGCUGGCUCCUGACCCUCCUCUCUCUCCGUCUUCCCCCUCUCCUCCGUCUCAGCAUGCCGACGCUCUGUGUGGCAGCUGCCCGCCCUCUGGUUCUGCUCCGCAGUCCGGCGGCCUCUGGCCCACUCUGCCGCCGUCCGGAGCCGGGUUCCCCGCGUGGCCCGGGCAGCCCACCCAGCCCGUCCCAUGCUGGACCGGCCAACCAAACACCGCCUGCUGGCCCGCUCCCCAACCGGCUCCGGUUUCGGUUCCCGCACCGACUCAAGUUAUAACGCCACCAGCACCGACUGCAACGUUGGUCCCAGCGCCAGUUCAGGUUCCGACUUCCGCAGUCCAGCAGCCCUGUCAGCCAUGUUGGCCUGCCACGCAGUACCAGCCGUCCCAGCAGCCGGCUCCGAUUCAAACCCAGGUGCCUGCUCCAGCUCCGGCAGCCGCCACCAUCCACCCGGGCUUACCCGGCUGGCCUGCUCACCCUGGCUGGCCUUAUAACCCGGGACAGUCAGGAUGGCCCGGACAGAAUCCAUCUAUGAUGCCGCCCCACUGGCUUCCCCCUACAUCUGGACCUAUGAGUGUGCCGUACAACUUAAACCUGGCUCGAGGAGUAUAUGACAAAAUGAUGAUGACAAUCCUGGGUUAUGUCAAACCCAAUGCCAAAAUGUUCACAGUCAACUUCCUGAGAGGCAACGACAUUGCCUUUCACAUCAACCCACGCUUUAACGAGGGGGGCAAGCAGGUGGUCGUCCGGAACCACAAAUUGGGGGAUCGCUGGGGCCCGGAGGAGAGGGACCUUAAGGGACCCUUCCCUUUCGCUCCUGGGAGCCCGUUUGAGAUGAAGAUCCUGUGCACUCCCGAGACGUUCAGGGUGGCGGUGAACAACAUCCCGCUGUUCGAGUUCCGCCACCGCAUCCGAGAGCUGAACCAGAUCGACCGGAUCAACAUCCUGAACGACGUCGUCCUCACCUACGUCAACGUGGAGACGCUUCCUUAGGGAACCCGCGGCAGAUUUCUUUUUUUUUUAUAUACUUUUUACUCAGAAAUAAAGCACGGAUUGUCAGCUAAGUUUCAGAAAUGUGCUUAAAUCUAAAAAAUUUUUUGCAGUUUUCUGAAACAACUGACUAAAUAAAUUGGUGAACAACUUGGAUUGUUUUCAGAAUGAGCUUUAACUGCUGGGAC